GAGGCAGCUGACGUUGCUGCCAAUAUAAAUAAUUUUGCAGGUUGGAGACUAGUUGGAAAGAUUGUGGUGAGCCUCCCUUUUAUCUAAUCCAAUAGGAGUGCUUUUUGGCUCUUUGGGUUCUUUUUUUUUCCCUUUGACGUGGCUUCCAGGAGAAACAGAGUAAAAGAGGUGGAAGAGUGAAAACUAUUCUCCACGUAGGUAGAGGCACUGCGCACCUGCACAAGCAAUCCUCAGGCUGCCUCCAUCAGGUCCAGACAGCCUUCAGAACCAUCAGGAUCUGCUCCAUAGCCAGUAGCCACUAUAGUGCUUUCCAAGUUUUGGGUAAAUAGGAGAACCUCAACGAAGAGUGCAGCAAAUCCUGCCUCAGCUGAGCACAAUGGCUUCAUUUCCUGUCUUGGAGCAAGAGACGUUGUUCCAGAAGGGUACCUGGACCUAUCGGAUUCCAGCCCUGCUCUACCUGCCACGUUUCAGCAUCAUCCUGGCAUUUGCUGAGGAACGAGAGGAUGCGGUGGAUGAACAUGCCAAGCUAAUAGCGAUGCGCAGAGGCAUUUAUGACCCAGCCACGCACCAUGUUCAGUGGAGUAGCAUGGAGACCAUUGUCAGUGCACAGUUGAAAGACCAUCGCUCUAUGAACCCCUGUCCUGUUUACGAUGAGGUCACAGGGAAAUUGUUCCUGUUCUUCAUAGCUGUCCCAGGAAAGAUCUCUGAGCAGCAUCAGCUCAGGACAAAGAUCAACUUGGUACAACUCUGCUACGUCACAAGCAUGGACCAAGGACUCACCUGGAGCCCUGUCCAGGAUAUCACCGAAAGUACCAUUAGCAGAGAGCACAAGAACUGGGCCACUUUUGCCGUGGGGCCAGGUCAUGGAUUACAAUUGAGCAACGAGGCCCGGAGCCUUGUGAUUCCCGCCUAUGCCUAUCGGAUCUUGGACCCUGAGAAACAUCCCACCCCUCACGCCUUCUGCUUCAUCAGCUCUGACCAUGGGACAACGUGGGAGAUGGGGCACUUUGUGGGGGGGGAGAGUGCAGUGGAGUGCCAGGUAGCGGAGGUGCAAAGCUGCGGCAGGAAGGUCCUCUACUGCAACGCGAGGAGCAGCAACGGAGCAAGAAUCCAGGCUGUCAGCUACAACAACGGGGUGGACUUUGAGGGAGGCCAGCGUGUUGAAGCGCUAGUAGAACCUCCUUCUGGAUGCCAUGGAAGCAUUAUUGCCUUUCCACCUCCCCCUGAUGAGAAGUGUCGAGACACUUGGUUGCUCUACAGUCAUCCUACAAACCCAAAGGGCCGUAAAGAUUUAGGAGUUUACCUCAACAAAACCCCUUUAAAUCCUGCAAGCUGGACAAAACCAAGAAUCCUCUUCAAGGGCCUGUGCGCUUACUCGGAUCUGCAGUACAUGGGGAUUGGGCCAGAUGGCUCACCCUUGUUCUCCUGCCUCUUUGAAUAUGGGACCCACCAACAAUGUGAAGAGAUAAUCUUUGUAAUGUUCACUUUGAAGCAAGUCUUUCCAUCAGAGUGCUGAGUCUUGAGCCUUUCCAUCAGCAUCCCUCUGAAAACCACCUUUGCUGACACUUCUUUUCACCAUCACUUCUCAUCUUUCAGCAAAAGGUUUCUUCAUACUCCUGCACUCAGCUUGUGGCGUCUA